AUGAAUAUUUUAUUGUCAUUUUUCCUUGGUGUACUAUUUUCAUUACCGGUUUUUGUGCUGUUUUUAUUACUACUAUCAUUCUUAACCGGAAAAAUCAUCAAAAAACGUCGUAAUACACUCAGGAAAGAACCUGCAUUCACCGUUGGCACAAUGUGCACUGUUAGCUGGCUCAAUUCAAUUGUCCAGCGUGUUUUCUUGAUUGCCGUAACAAAGAAAUCACUUACAUUCAUUAUCAAAUCUGCAAUUCCUAAAAUUACAGAGAAGACUCCAUUAACAAGUCUUGAAUUCAAUGAAAUUGAAAUCAAGGAAGUACCACCAGAGAUUUCACAGGCAAUUAUUACAGAAACGAAGUUUUCUGAAUUUGUUACACUUAAGUGCUUCUACAAACCAGAAAUGGUUAUUAGCGCAUUGUCAACAGUAUCAGUUAGUAUUCUUCCAAGCUUCAAUUUGGGAAUCGAUGCUAAACUUAACCAGAUUGAUGCAGAUAUCGCCCUUGGCAUUCCAGAAUCAAAAGGUGAUGCUUACAUUCAAAUGCAAAACUCAACAUCUGUUAAUUUCGAUGUUGGAGCAAGUGUAAAAUUUGUCAGCAUUAAUACUGAAUAUCUCGGACCUGUUUGGACAUCACUUCGCGAAGCUGUCAACUACAUCAUCAGGAGCAUCAAGAUCAAGAUUCCUCUCGAGCAAGCUCUUACAAAUGAAGAAGAAGAAGAAAAAGAGGAAGAAGAAGCCAAGGAAGAGGAAAAGAAGCAGCUACCAAGAAAUGAUAGUACUCACGAAGUAAUUGAAAUCCAUCCAGUUCCUGUAAAAUCAGAUGUCAAAGUUAUUAUUGAUCCAAUAUUUAAAUCAUAUCAAUUAUAA